ACCCAAACUUUUGUCCGACCGGAGGCCGGCACCGUUCGUUCACCGGCAACGUUUCGACUAUGGCAGAGAAAACUGUAGUUAUUUCUGCUAAAAGCUCUCAACCCAAACGCAUUGUUGGAAGAAAAGGUUUGAGAGUAGCACAUCAAAUUCCAGACGAAAUUCUGAAUAAUCAAGACUUAAAGAAUGCCAUUGAACAGCUCCCAUCAAACUACAACUUUGAAAUUCCCAAAACUGUAUGGCGGAUAAGAUCAACAGGAGCCAAGAGAGUUGCCCUUCAGUUCCCAGAGGGCCUGCUCAUGUUUGCCUGUACCCUUGCAGAUAUUGUUGAGAGAUUUACAGAUGCAGACACGUUGAUUAUGGGUGAUGUGACGUACGGUGCCUGUUGUGUGGAUGACUACACGGCCAAAGCAUUAGGAGCUGAUUUGAUGGUGCACUACGGACACAGUUGUCUGGUACCGAUUAGUAUGACAGAGGGUAUCAACAUGUUGUACGUCUUCGUUGACAUCCGGAUCGAUACAGCACAUUUUGUGGAUACCGUCAGGCACAAUUUCAAUCCUGGGACCUCGAUCGCUCUUGUCAGUACUAUUCAAUUUGUGGCAGCUUUGCAGUCUGCUUACGAGCAACUGAGUGAGGACUACCGUCUUCAAAUCCCCCAGUGUAAACCAUUAUCCCCUGGGGAGAUCCUUGGAUGUACGGCACCCAGAUUGGGCAAUGUGGACAACAUCAUCUAUUUAGGUGAUGGGAGAUUUCACCUAGAAGCUGUUAUGAUUGCCAACCCAGGAAUUCAAGCAUACAGGUAUGAUCCGUACAGCAAGUUGUUUUCCAAGGAGUAUUACGAGGUGAAGAGGAUGCAUGAGUUGAGGCAGGAAGCCAUCAGGCAGGCCUGCAUGGCCGAGCGAUUCGGCCUCAUCCUGGGCACACUGGGGCGGCAGGGAUCCCCCAAAGUUCUUGAGCAACUACAGGCCAGACUGAAGGCUGUUGGAAAAGACUACGUCUUGGUGCUUCUUUCCGAAAUCUUUCCGGAUAAACUGAAGCUUCUUCCAGACGUUGACGCAUGGAUUCAGGUUGCCUGUCCUCGUCUGUCUAUUGACUGGGGAUAUGCAUUUGAGAAACCCCUGUUGUCCCCAUAUGAGGCCUCUGUUGUUCUUCAGUCCAUCGAAUGGCAGUCAACCUAUCCUAUGGAUUUCUACUCCAACACCAGCCUCGGGCCAUGGACGGUUAACAACGAGGCCAACCUCCCGCCGAGACCCACUAGAAAGUCUGGGCCGCGGAAGGCUGGAAGGCACAUUCAGGUCACCCUGGAUGUGGAAAGGCUCGGAGAGAUGAAGCUUGCCCAGGAGGGGAAAGACGAGAAGGCCUCGGGGAGCAGUGAUGCUUCAAACAAGGCUUGUGAUGCUUGUGAACAUUGCUCGUGUCAGGAUGGCAGCCCAGCCACGUGACAACAGAUUUUCCGGAACAGAAAUAAACUUAAACAUCAAAUAACAACCUCUGAUAUUUCAGAUUUUUUUAAUUUUACCCAUCAGUAAUUGGAUACUUGUCAGGCCAAAUAGCCAUGAAGUUCUUUCAAUUUAUAAGACCUUCCAUUGUCCUGUUGCUGCACCCUUAGCAUAUUGUAACAUUUCCAAAUAAAUGUGACAUGUUAUCAGUGCUGUACACUUAUUGUA